UUCCAUGUGAUUUCAUCGGCAGCAGGAAUGGCAGACGCAGGGGCGUGAAAAGCAAUUAACGUCAAAUUGAUCCAAUUUUACUGCUUAGUUCGAGAUUGGUUGAUUUUGAAAUUACUCGUCCUACCACUCCACACAGUAUAGUUUAUCCAAUUAGUCAUUUGUCUCUAAAUACCAACCCACAAUGUCAGACUGUAGAUGUUGCGCUUAUUUUGGCUAAGCUAUUUUUCUUGGGAACUGGGAAACUGCCUGGAUAAUUGUGGUUGAAGAAAAAGUUGUUGGUGACCAAGGGAGGUGGAAACUAACUUCAUUCCAGUGGCUAUUUGGCUGUCUUUCUCUCAAGGUCAUGAAUUUUGCCAGCCAUGCUGCAAGUCUUGGAACCCAAGAAAACGCCAUUGAACGAAAAGCUGUUGACUCUUCACGGGUUGCUAGAGCCAAGCAAAGAACGGUGCUUGGAGUUCUAAGUGAAAAUGAGCAACAGAGCAGGGGCAUUUUUCAGGGUGCCUCCAAACCCAGACCUCUGGAUGACCGCUCCAGCCUGGGAAUUUCUGCUGAAUCGAGUACAUCCGCCUUUAGUUUUGACCCACAGUUUGAGGAGUCGAAUGAGAUUUUUUUGGCAUGCACUGGGUCCACAAGCUCUACUGGCACAACCUUGAAUGAGGACGACAUUGCUCUGCAACAGCAUGAUGACUUUCAACUGGUGUUGGACCAGAGCUCUGGGUCUUUCAUGGAGACUUCUAUGCAAGACCUAUCGGAAAUCGAGCCCCUGUUGUCCCAAGAAGCCCAUACCGAGGAUGACUAUACAGAGGAAAUUCAUCAACAUUUGAGGAAGAGUGAGAUAAAAUUCAGGCCAAAGCCUACGUAUAUGAGCAAACAGCCAGACAUUACCAAUUGGAUGCGCAUCAUCUUGAUUGACUGGUUGGUUGAGGUUGGUGAGGAGUACAAGUUGAGCUCAGAAACCGUGUUCUUGGCUGCCAACUACUUGGAUCGAUUCCUUUCCGGGAUGUCCGUUCUGAGGGGAAAACUGCAACUUGUCGGCACUGCGGCAAUUCUACUGGCUGCGAAAUAUGAAGAGGUGUACCCACCAGAGGUCGACGAGUUUGUGUACAUUACAGACGACACAUACACCAAGAAGCAGCUCUUGCGAAUGGAGCACCUUCUGCUGAAAGUCCUUGGUUUUGACCUAACUGUGCCAACGACUCACCAGUUUUUGAUGCUUUACCUAUCGUUUGAACCUGUCAGUACCAGGACUUCAAAUCUUGCCCAGUUUCUUGCAGAGCUGAGUUUGCUAGAAGUCGAUCCAUUCCUGCAACAUCUGCCAUCUAAAGUUGCAGCUGCAUCUUACAGUCUUUCCAAUUACACACUCAACAGAACUUUCUGGCCGGAUAGCCUGUAUGCAUUUACUGGCUACACUCUAGCUGAAAUCGCUCCGUGCAUAAAGGACCUCCACAAGCUUCACCAGAGUGCAGCUAGUCGCCCACAACAAGCCAUCAGGGAGAAGUACAAGAGCCACAGGUAUGGUGGUGUGGCUCAACUCUCCCCCUUGGACUCUCUGCCUUUCCUGUAACAGUUCAGUAGAGCUCAUCCUACAAGGAGCCCAAACCUCACAACCUCAGCGCUUACCUCUCCUUUGGACAUUUUAAACCAUAAAUGUAUAUAUUUUAAUAAACCUUUUAAUUCUGUCAAUGAUUUUUUUUUUUAAUUUUAUUUUAGGUGUAAGUUGGAUUUUUGAGCAGGACAUUUUAUGUUCACCAGACAUGUGCUCUGUGAUUCUUAAAGCCGUUUCCAAUGUUUUGUCUUUAUUUGCCUUAUGUAAGCAAGUGAUGUCACGUUUUUAACCUUGUAAAUUGUACGUGCUUGCUUUUGACAAUCAUGUCGUAUGUGAUUAUGUGCAAUAAAUGACCAAAACGGUCCAAACGCA